AAACAAAACGUGACGGAACUCCAGGAAGACAUUUUAUGUUCAGACAGUUCUAUACAUCGCGUACUCAGUGGCUUAUUGCGACAUGAAAUUGUUGGUUAUAUAUUUUGGUGUGUACCUUAACUGUUUUAUAAACAAAAAUAUCGUAACAGCUUUUAACAAUGAUAGAAUACGAAAAUGAGAAUGAAAGAUUAAAGGACACGUCAAGAUGUGCUGGUGUACGUGCUGACUUGAAAAUGUGUUUACUUAAAAGUGACUGUUGUAAAGUACACAAGCGUACACCCAGAGAAUGCCUUCGUAUAACUGAUGGAUCUGUUCCUGAAGAGUGCCAAGCAUUGCGUGUUUCAUUUUUUGAAUGCAAGCGAUCUCUUCUUGAUGGCAGACGAAGAUUUAGAGGACCAAAAGGGUAUUGAUAGAAUCCUACGUAAAUAAAAAUAAAUAUAGAAUAUUUAAAAGCAUCUACACAUAACGCAAAGAAGUCAUUCAUCAUAUUCAUUAUAUCAAGGAUAUAUUUAUAGUUUGAUGACAACUAGUCCAAUGUACUUUGUUCAGUAAUAAAAGUAUUUGCAGAA